AUGGUCAGAAUCAAUAGGCCUAACGUUAUCGCAUUUACCUCGGUUACUAUGCUGGGGGCACCGCCCUCAGACGGUGAUGGACACAAUGGCCAAAUUGAUCCCACCGUUGAUCUUGAGAUCAACGGAGGGGAUCACGUGGCCGUAAAGGCACUACAACCUUUUGCGGUUGCCAAUGCCUUGGUUGUGAUGCUACUAACGUCAUCAAGGUCAGACGCCAUAGACGUUGGCAUCGCACGAAACCCUGCACCAUCACGUGCCCCCAACUUAGUUGGCACCGUACAAGCACGGCCCGUGUGA